GUGCAAUAGAAUUAUCAAUAUUAAGUAAACAUUAUGGUAUAGAAAUAGCUGUAGUAGACACAGAGAGCGAAAGAAUCGAUCGUUUUGGUGAAAAUGAAAAAUACUCCAACCGAGUKUUCCUCAUAUAUGAUGGAAUCCACUACGACCCCCUUGGGAUACAGGAAGACUCGUCUGACCUCCCCCUGCAAACAGUGUUCCCAAUUACAGAUGAAAAAAGAUUGGUGGAGGCUUUGAGUCUGGCUGCAGAUGCAAAAAAGAAGCGACAUUUCACCAACGUUUCUAAAUUCACGUUACGCUGCUUGGCGUGCAACACACGAUUGUCAGGUCAGGCACAAGCACAGCAACAUGCYAUAGCCACUGGACAUACGAACUUUGGCGAGGUUUAGAAAUGUUCCACAUAUUUAAGGCUUUCUGCCAGUAAUGAAAGACGUACGGCUUCCGAAAUUUCAAGAAUUUUCACGCCGUGUUUAAAACGCUGUGGCCAUUUUGGACUUUUCUGUGCGUUUUUUGACUUUUAAAUAGCUUCCAUCUUAGGCCACACGACAAGAAAUACUCACAUGAGGCCUGCAUUAAACCCAUUUGAGUGACA